GGAAAAAGCACGGGGGUUAGGUCUGCCCCCGGGCUGCGGGGCUGGAGGCUGGCAGGGAGGAGCGGAGCCGCCGGCGAGCGGAGCGUGUGGGGCGGCGGAGGGGAGGCGGGCGGGAGGCCGGGCAGGCUGGCGUGGGCUGUUUGGCCACCGGAGCCAAUCGAAAGCUGGGGCUUGAUCCUCUCCCCGGGCCCCGGCUGCGCCGAGGCAGUGCCGAGCUCCCCUCCGCCCCGCCGCCGGGACCCGGCCGCCCGCCCCGCUCUCUCCCCGCACCGCUCCUCGCCACCCAGCGCCUAUGGGCAUCUGCGACCGGCCAGGGCUUCGCACCACCGCCACCAGCAGCAGCGGCAGCAGGAGCGGCCGGCGACCGCCACCCCGCCGCAGCACCCCGCGGGACCUAUAGCCGGCAGGACGGAGCGCGCCGCAGACCCUUCCCCGCCUCCCUGCAGGAUGAUUUGGAAAUUUGCCUUGUCCGUUUUUCUGAUGGCAGCGCUAGUUCCGGUAACAGACACCAGGAAAAACCGUCCUGCAGGCGCCAUUCCCUCCCCUUACAAAGACGGCAGCAGCAACCACUCGGAGCGGAGGCAGCAGCUGAAUAAGGAGGUGCUGGCCUCCAGCCAGGAGGCCCUCGUGGUCACCGAAAGGAAGUACCUCAAGAGCGACUGGUGCAAGACACAGCCCCUGCGGCAGACUGUCAGCGAGGAGGGCUGCAUAAGCCGCACCAUCAUCAACCGCUUUUGCUAUGGGCAGUGCAACUCCUUCUACAUACCACGGCACGUGAAAAAGGAGGAGGAGUCCUUCCAGUCCUGUGCUUUCUGCAAGCCACACAAGGUCACCUCUUCGACCGUGCAGCUGGAGUGCCCUGAGCUGGACCCACCUUUCCGACUCAAGAAAAUUCAGAAGGUCAAGCAGUGCCGGUGCAUGUCUGUGAAUCUUAACAACUCAGGCAAACUGUGAGAGGAGGCGUGUAGCUACUACUGCUCGGGGUUGCCCCCACCAGAUUUACUGCGGCCUCUCCUCUCCCACUGAGCAGACUGACCAUUUUGCUGGUUUGUUUCUUCUUUUUCUUUUUUUUUUUUUUCCCCUGUGUUUUGUUUUCUUUCAGGAGGCAUCUCUCCAACAAGGAAAGACUCCUUGUCGCUUGCCUACUGGAAUAACGCUUUUUAAUGGGCUGCGUUAGGCACUUCACCAUAAAGUUUCAGUGUAUUUCCGACAUCAUCUGGCGGUUGGAUCUUCUGGAGUGGAGCAGGCUCCCAGAAGUUGGGAUUGCUCAUCUAAGUGACCAGUUGGCUGAAUCCAGCAUUAAAUGUUUCCACUGUGUGGAGUAAAGCCCUCUGCCCUACACUCCAGUCCCCUCCACAAGACGAGAACGCCUUUCCCAUGCUUUGGUCCGGAGCUUGCCACUCCCGCUUGGAAGUGCUGGGGUGCUGCCCGGGACUGGGGGACGCAGAUGAGGGAGAGAAACGAGGAGUAAUGUGCAAAAAGCAAGUGAGACUCUCCAGUGAGGCUCAUCUCCUUAAGAUGACUUUAAUUGUGCAAUGACAAACGGUCUGGGCUUGUUGUCUGAACAGCAGAUAAGAAGUGAGGGGGAGAGGGUGAGGCGUUGGGUCAGCCACCAUGACCACAGAGCAGACUGAGGGUGGGUUCUGAUGCUGUCGUGGUUAGAGUAUAUCGAACACGUGGUCUCUGCAGCAGUGUUUAUUUUGUAACUUAGCUAUAGUAAACAGCUGUUUAAAGUAUUAUAGACCUAGCCGUGUAUAUUUUUCUUGUGGCAGAAUAUGCCAGAGAUUAAAAUAUGUUGAGUAAGAGGCUCGGUUGCUAGGUCAGCUGCCUGGCUUAAAAUGGACAUGGUUUAACUAGGCUUUCGGUAGGUUUUUGUGUGUUAGAUGUGUGUGUUUCUUACUCCAGAAAGGACAACAUCCAUUUACGACCUUAUAUUUAUGCCUGCUCAGACAGGGGAAGGUGGGAAGGUAGUGGGAGAGGCGCUGAGAACACUUAAGGGAACAAUGUUUCCCUUAAGGUAUAAAAGCACUGUCACACAAAGGACAAAAUCUGGUUGUUGCUGGACUGAAUACAAAAGCUGCAUCAGUGUCAUCAGGUUUUGGGAGUGGUGUCUUGCCCAUGAUUUGAAACCAUGUUAAUGUGUUAGUGUUGAAGGAAAAAAACCAUCAGACGGUGCCGCUGGAAUGGGUCGAAUCUGUAGGAGCAGGGGGAACGUUGUAAUUGCUACAGUACUGGUGGUCCACUCAGUUUUUGAGUCCUACAUAAUCAGUGUUGCUGAACACUUGGAGUUCAUUUUAAAUCAUGCUAUGUUGUUAUUCAGCUGAUGGAGUUUAGCAUGUCCUGUAUAUCCCGUUUGUUACAGUUCUGAUCUGUAUUAGUCCCAGCUGCAUUAAAAUCCUAUGUCUCAAGACAAACCAGCGCCUUCCCCCUAACCAAAGCCCGUGCGUGCUCAAUUAUCUGAAGCUUACAAAUUAAAAAUGACAUGCCAACUCCCUGAUGCACGUCUCUCAGUUCAGCAUCUGCACCUAGUGAAACCAGCUUGCUGCGGGAGCCCUUUCCCACCAGCCUCUUCACAUGCAGCCACUCCAAGGGGUUAAUGUGUUUAGCACUCUUGCCAGCCAGGGGUUCAGUGCCACAGGUCUCUAUUAUGCGAGACAGGCAGCUCUAAGAGGCUUUCAAGACUGAGCUCCACGAGAGCUCACCAAGCGGUUUAUGGGGAUUGGCACGGGCGGGAUGAGGUUGGUCAGGUCUGUUAGCCCUCUUACGUGAACGGCCGUGCCUUUCCUGCCGUGAUCUUUCAGUGUAUCAGACGUGCACAGGGACUCCUCGCACAGGGAUUGCUUUGGAGGCUGUCGCUGCUGCGCUGCCAGCGCCGUGCCAGCCACCAAAUGGGCACCAUCCAGUCCAGGCUUGAGAGUGUUGGUGUGGGUCGGGCGUGGGGGGGGAGGUGGCAAUAGCUAUAGUCUGCUAAGACUCCAGGGAUCUCAGUCUCCACUUGAAAGAAAUGAACUGAAAGUCAGGCGUUUUGGACUCGAGAGAGAAAAAGCACCCUAGUUACUUCAGUUAAGAAAAAUGUGCAAGAAUCUUUAUCUUUAAGCUAUGCCCUGCCUGGGUUUUUCACCAGUUUGCAAUAUGAAUAUGCUGCAGCUUAAAACUCCUUCUGGGAGCUGUGUUUAUGUAAAAACUGAGUUGAGCUUGUAAUGGUUAAAACUGUAUUUAAUUCUUGUUUUAUAAAUGAAAACAAAAAAUGAAGAAAUGCUUUAAGUAUAAUGUAAUUAUUUUAUAGGUCUACUAUUAAAUUAUAGAUUAAAUAAUAAAGCUACUCUAGGGUUAUAUGGCA